UUUCUUCCUGCAAUUCCUUUCAGAUGUUUCUCUCUCUCUCUCUCUCUCUCUCUCUCUCCUUCUCAUCCUCUUUGUUGUUUGGUCUUCUUACAGUUCUAACACCAAUUUCUUUACACUCCCACGCCAAAUCUCGCAUAGUCAAGGAAUUUUAAGGUUUUUUUCUGCGAAAUGGAGAAGAAUCAAGAGCUUGAGUGGGCAGAAGCACAACGGAUUGAAAUAGGUGUUGACCUGGUAGCUGCUGCUAAGCGUCAGCUUCAGUUUCUCUCGGCUGUCGAUAGGAAUCGAUUCCUUUAUGAAGGCCCAAGCCUUGAAAGGGCUAUUUAUCGGUACAACGCUUACUGGCUUCCAUUGCUUGCCAAACAUUCUGAAUCUCCACUAUUUGAAGGGCCUUUAGUUGUCCCCUUUGACUGUGAAUGGAUUUGGCAUUGUCACAGAUUGAAUCCUGUGCGGUACAAAUCUGAUUGUGAGGAACUUUAUGGAAAGAUACUUGACAAUUCCAAUGUUGUAUCGACCCUAGGAAGUUCUUGUCCAAGAGAAACCGAAGAAGUUUGGAAUGAAUUAUACCCUGAAGAGCAUUUCAACUUCAACUUCAACCCAACCGGAGAGUAUCAAGAGGAUGCCCUGAAAGCGCUCUCGGGACUUGAAAAAUAUACCAAAUAUGAUCUUGUUUCAGCUGUUAAAAGACAGAGCCCCUUCUUUUAUCAGGUGUCCCGACCUCAUAUGGACAAUGAAGUUUUCCUUCAAGAAGCUGUGGCUAGAUACAAAGGAUUUCUAUAUUUAAUCAAAAGCAACAGGGAGAAGUCUAUAAAACGCUUUUGUGUUCCAACAUAUGAUAUUGAUCUAAUUUGGCAUACUCAUCAAUUGCACCCUAUUUCAUAUUGUAAAGACUUGAAAAACUUACUUGGUAUGAUAUUGGAGCAUGAUGAUAUGGAUUCAGACCGAACAAAAGGGAAGAAAUUGGAUACUGGGUUCUCUGGAACUACAAAACAGUGGGAAGAUACAUUUGGUACUAGGUACUGGAAGGCAGGGGCAAUGUAUAGAGGCAAUAGCCCAUCUCCUCUCCUGCUAAAUUCGUAUUCAGGUUCAACUAACUUGAUUAAAGAUGACGAGGUUUCAUCCAAGGAGUGUCAAAACAUAGUUCAUCUUCCAGAAUUAAAGACGGUUGAGGUCCUAUUGGAGUUUGUGGAAGUUAAAAACAAACCAGAAGGGUUGAAAGGAAAUUUUUUUGUGCAAUUUAUGAAAAGUCAACCAGAUGCAAUAUUCAGUGCCAAACGGAAACUGAGCAUAUUAUCUGAGACAGGGGUGAAACAGGUUGCUUCUUUUCAGUGUGAACCUAAAGGAGAUCUGCAAUUUGAGCUCAUCUGCAAUAGGUCUUCCAGCAUACCGAUAACACGGACCAGCUUAACAUUGGGCUCCAUUUCACUCCCUCUACAUGACAUUCUUGUUCCAACCUCUAAGCUCUCAAUGGAGAGAUGGUUGGAGUUGAAGCCAGUUUCUGACCAUGUAAGCUCAAAGCCAAUUUCCCUCAGAGUGGCUAUCUCAUUCACCGUUCCCCACCCUGCACCACGGGAACUUCAUAUGUUUUUUUCUCGAGAACCAUCCAGAUGGACUUCUUUUCUCCCUUCCUGCACAAAGAUGCAGCACUCAAAGGGUUGGAUGCAAGUCACUGAUGAAGCAGGCAAUGAGGUCAUCAGCCUUCAAUUGAGGGAUUCUUUGAAGGAAAAGCUGGGGAAGAAUCCCAUUCUAACAAGUAAGGAGGUGAUUGGCAUAAAAAUGUCCGGUGAAUCAAGCCUUCUUGCUGAGUUUGUAAAGACAGGGUGGUCUCUGAUUGAUGGUCAAUGGUUUCUUGAUUUUCAAAAAAAAUCCAGUGAAGAUGAUCAUCUUUUCAAGCUUGUGGGCAAGAGGCUGGUGAAGUUUUUCCAGGGCAGUAAGCUAGAUUAUGAGCCCAAAAAUUGUGGUAAACAUAACCAUGAUUCGGACUUCGUGACUGCUAUCGAAUUCUCUGCAGAAUAUCCGUAUGGAAGGGCAGUGGCAUUGUUCGACUUGAAAUUUGGAGUUAUCAAGAUAAAGGAAGAAUGGAUGGUGGUGCCCGGAAUCAUGACAGCUUUUCUUCUCCUUCAUGCACGGAAGAAAAAAGGGUAUAAUGGCCUAACUGUAAGUGAAGAAAACUUGGAGGUUGCCCCUGUUCCUGUGAGUGUUCAUACGUCUGGCAAGGAAGAAAAGAAUAUGAACUUAACCAAUUUAUCCUCGACAAAUACUGAUCUAAAAGUCAAUGUUUCUGAAGGAAUUGAAGUUGUGCCAGUAAAAGAAGAGAUUUUUAGCAGUGACUGUGGAAGAUAUGGUGGAGAUGGUGUUUCUAAAGAGAAUAUAACAAUACCUUUGAAAGAGGAUAAGUUUAGUAGUCACUGUGGCCGAUGUGACGCUGGAGGUUACACUGCAGGGUCCGGAAACAUGGUGAUGAGCGGUGGAUGUGGUGGAUGCGGUGGUGGCGGUUGUGGUGGUGGGUGCGGAAACAUAGUAAAGAGCGGUGGAUGUGGGGGUUGCGGUGGUGGCGGUUGUGGUGGUGGGUGUGGAAAUAUGGUGAAGAGCGGUGGAUGUGGUGGAUGCGGUGCUGGCGGCUGUGGUGGUGGAUGCGGAAAUAUUAUAAACAGUGGUGGCUGUGGUGGAUGCGGUGCUGGCGGCUGUGGUGGUGGGUGCGGAAAUAUUGUAAAUAGUGGUAGUUCUGUUGGUGGAAUCGUGGCAAAGAGUGGUGGCUGUGGCGGGUGUGGUGGUGGCUGUGGCGGAUGCGGCGGUGGAUGCGGCGGUUUUGGCCAUAAAACUGCCCAACCAAAUGAAGGCAACAACCAGAGUGAUGCAAUUACUGCUUGAGGUAUUAUGGAAUGCCUAAUAAAACAAAGUUUGUAUUGUAUUACUUUCCUUCCAUAUAAAGAAAGUAUACCCAAAGCCUCANGCCUGUGUGAAUAUCAUAGUUUGUGUAUGUCUUAUUAUCUGUGAAGUGUUUCUGUAUAUAUUCACAAAUAAACGUGCACGACCUUUUAUUUCUUUUCAA